AUGACAUCAAUAUUCAGAGGAGAAGCGAUUUGGACUAUGUUUUCGGUAUUGCGUAUGUAUCAAGAUAUUAAUAUGGGCAAUGAAACAUACUUAAGGUUGCCAUGUGAACUUUUGCGGGUCUUUGAUUCGUGUCUUCGCGUACUAUUAAUGGCUUCUGCUAAACAGGACAGUGCCACUUACAAUAUGACUUGUUUAUUACGUGAAUGGGAUUGUGCACCAAAAGAAAAACGUCGGCAGUUUUUGCAGGAUUUCAUAAGACAAUAUCGUAAUUGCUCUGGACCUGAUUUAGAAACAGAACUUGCUCAAAUGGCUAGUUUAUUCUUGGCUAGAAUAUGUGUUUGGAUAAAAUUAACAUACAUGUCAGGAACUUGUUUGACUGAACAACUACAAGCUCUCCACAUAUUCUUAUCAGCAUCAAGCAGUCACAAUUACUUACUUGAGUUUCUGGAGCAUGGGGGUGUACUGUGUUUACAAGAAUUAUGUAUUUCAUCAAGUGGUAAAGAAGUGGAUAAACUUUGGGCGCUUAAAGUUCUAUCUUGCGUAGCCAGUGCUGGUACACAUUAUAAAGAGACAAUAUGUGAAUGUUAUGGUAUCCGUGCUGUUGCUGAAUGUAUGGCUAAAUCAAAAUCAGAGGAAACACAAGAGGCUGCUAGAGAUUUGCUGGAGAUAUUAGCUGAAGGCAACCCACGUUUCUCUGACCAAGUUUACAAAGGGUUAAUUGGUGUUUUGCCGUGCAACUCUCCCAAGGCUCAACAAUUAGCUCUCCAAAGUAUACGAGUUUUACAGGGUGAGCGGACAACAGCUAACCGAGCUUUAAUUGAUCGAAUAAUCUAUUUACUUGAAUCAUUACAUUUGGAAGUCCAGUCAGCCGUUAUUGAACUGAUUCGUGUUCUGAUGCAUUUUGAUAUUACUGAUGAUAUUUUAUUGGCGUUAAUUACCUUGUUGAAACCACAACGUGAAAUACAGUUGGGUAAAUUGUUUACUGAAGCAGCAUCAGAUGAUGGUGAAUUCAUUUCGCAUCAUUCAGACAGUGAUGGUAGUGACUCCUCAAGUUCUCUCAGCAUCACAGGCAGUACAAGCGAAUUAAAAUCUGGUUAUACUGGUAAAACAUCAAUAAGGAAAGGGAGACCAUCAGAAUCGAAGACGUCAGACACCAGAAGUUCUCACACAUAUGAUUCUUCUGCCAAACGUUUUAGUAUGAGUGCAAAUGGUAAGAAGAAGAAGAACAAAAAGAAAACAAAUAAGUCAUCGGAUUCAGAGCUAGACUAUCAUCCACUGCCGGUAUUUGUUCAACAGGCGGCUGCAGCAAAAUGUUUACACAUCCUCGCCCAGGAUUCCCCAACAGUCGCAAUAAAAAUAAUUAAGAUGGGCGCUGUAUCAAGUCUUUUAUAUGCCAUGGGUAAUCUUGAAUUCCCAGAUAGUCAAAGACAGGCCAGUUUGGCUUUGGAGUAUCUUUGUCAAACAUAUCCAUUAGUAGAUCAAGUUGUCUAUGAAGCAAUGGGUCCAGUUUUACAUUCCGAGUUCACUAAAAAUCCCGAUUCACAUUAUCUACAAAUGACUCCAUUACAGGCAGAUGUUUUGGUUUCGAAUAAAGUCACUUAUACUGGAGAGGGGAUAGGAGGAUAA